GUCGAGGCUCAUGCCGCUGGCAGCUUGGUAACAGCGGAACUGUGGAGCCACACGAGUGGACUUCACGGCUGCAAACGCAUCUGUCUAACUCGCUGACUGCCGUGAUACAUCGUUGUUAAGCCAGCGCUAAGCUGCGAUAUAGCCUGCAGCACACCCAGCACUAUGUUCCAAGAGCUCCUCUCCACCGAUGGGUUAGCGGAGCUCCAAGACACCUGGAGGCGCUUCGACCUCCACUACGCUGGAGCUAGACCGUGGGGCGAGUUCUUCGAGCAGUUCAAGCCGACGGCGCGCGACCUCGACACGCGCAUGGCGACGAACUGGCUGCAUUAUAAAGCGAACUACGCGCAGCUGACGACGCUCGUCGUCGCGCUGGGGUUGCUGUGGUGGCCCACAUCUCUUUUUGCUCUGUGCGUGGCAGCAAUAGCGUCGACGGCGUCCGUGACGGCCUGCCCCGGCCGCCGCAUCCUUAUGAUCGGCAGCUAUAGCGUCAAGCUCACGACCAAGAACCGCGCGCUCGCCGCCGCCGUGGCCGCGCCGCUCACUUUGAUUUUCUUCGGCGUGCUGACGUGGAUCGCGCUCGUGUUUUCCUUCGCGCUGGUCCUGCCCGUGGCGCACAUGGCGCUGCGGCCGCGGUCGCUGUCGGCGCGGUACAACGCGGCCUCGGACGAAGUGAGAGCGCUCUUCUCGGCGGCGCCGGCGGCGAGUCACGAGGAAGACGCCGAGGCGGGCGUCGUGCGGGAUGACGUGCCCGUGCGGGCAAGGGCGCCGCGGGGCGUCGCGGAGAGCAAGGGAUAAGUACAUUACAUAUA